AUGCGAUGCAUAUUUAGCCAAGAUGGCGGACGGUGGUGGCAAACGCGAUGGUACCGAAGCGAAGAAAAGGGAAACAGUGAAUAAAUUUGCGAACGAUGGCAGUUUCUUGGAAAUGUUUAAGAAGAAAAUGGAAGAGAGUAAAGUUCUUAGUGACAAGCCAGUGACUGGUUCCGAUAAAGAGGAUUCUUCGGCUCAAGCAUCUUCUGCCGAAAUAGACAGUGGAAAAAACAGCAAAACGAACAUUUUGUCUAUUGUCGGGAAACGGCGUGGUGGCAGCACCAAGGUCCUCAAGACGGGUAUGGUAAAGAAGCCAAAACAGGAAGAGGAUGUAUGUAUUUGUGUUCAGAAAACUGUAACAGCCUUAAGCUUUCUUAUCAUCAUGUGUCCAUGGGUACAAGCUCUACUUAGAACUCUCUUUAGAACUCUCUUUCGAUUAAUGCUUUUUCAUGUUGGGUGUUUCUUCUAUCAUUUCUGUCUUGCAUGAGAACACACCAACAUGUUUUUGCAUAACUACAAAGUUGAGCAUUUGUAUUUGUUAUUUUUCCCAAGUGAUCAAUAAUUAUGGUACUGUAGGGAUGAAAGUAUUACCUAAAUCUGUUGCUCAUAAAGCUAAACCAUGUAGGAAUGGUUCCUUAACUCCUUGUGAAUUAUCCUAAUGUAAUACAUAUUUUAACUUAUUUUCAGGAGAGCAGUGGCGAGCCUAAAGAUGGAUGGUCAAAGUAUCUAGCUGAAGUCAAUAAAUACAAAUCUCAGAUGUGCACAGAUGAGGACAAAACAAGACCACUAGUCAAAUAAUAAUAAAUAUGCAUAUCAUUGUCA